AUGGAUGCGGAAGAGAGGAUAAAACUCCAGACUCGAAGCUUGAUGGCGGUCUGUCUUGUGACUUGGGCUCUGCAAGAGGUGGCUUUGGACUAUCUUUGGGGGACGAUUCCGUCGCUCGGUAUUCUUCUUCGCACCAUCUCUUCUGUGGGUCCUGUGGUCAGCUGUGGUACUGCUAUGCUGGUACUCUCUGGCGAGUUAACAGCGGGUUCCCUUCAACGUUUCACAGCGUUGGCCAAACGCGUCUGUUCCAUCGAUUUGGGGCAAGAGCGAAAUAUACUUUCCCCCGUACUGUUACUGGAGCUCGUUCAACACUUUGGACACAGCAUGCCCUCUUUGUUCCCCAGGCUGAAGACGAUCAAACUCAAGUCACUGAAUGAGAUGGCCAACGCGGUUCUUCACUUCCUCGCGCCUGUCUCGACGCGCUCUAUUUCUAUCGAGGCUCAAGUUUUACCGAUGGAUGCGGAUCCGUUCGUCUUCCCCGUGUUCUUGAAGCUGGGGAGGAUGAAGUCUUUCAAGCAGCUCGACCUUCGUGGAACGCCUGUCGUCGUCCUGCAGAUACUGAAGGUCUUCAAUUUGGCUCCUAUGCGAAGUUUGCAUCUUCAGCUUACACGUCAUCCCACGAACCUGGCCAACGUCGCAGCAAAUCUCGUGGCUGCACCCAAAGCACUUGAUGAGUUCGUCGUUCAAGGACCUCAGUCGGAGGGAGGUGAGAUCAAGUUGCCCUGGACAGGUAUCGAGACGAUCCCUGGACUUGGCUCAGCUCGGAUUAUCUCCCUCCGCCUGCCUUACGCUCCAUGCCAAAAUGCAGACCAGCACAGCCAAUGUGUCGAGCGCUUGAUGAUCGCCCUCUCCAAAAACCCCAACAUCCACACGCUCGAUCUCCUCUAUGAGCCGCUGGCGACGUACUUUGCAGCUAAUAUCGGGCAGCGCCGGUCCGUCCCCGAUGCUUUCGCCUUUUUGCAUAUUUUGUCCCAGUUUGGGCCGCCGACUCUGGAGAACGUCACCGCGACCCUGGCGUUUGUGUUCUCCGGUAGCCCAGAAUGGAACCCCCAGGACCCGUUGCUUCAGUUCAAAUUCCCACAUUCCAACUCCAUUCGCGUGUUGACUGUGCAGGACAAGUCGGCGUAUGGGUUGGAUGUUGAUCCUAUAUGGAUCUUCGGACCAUUGCUAGGUUUUUGA